AUGCAAUUCGCGCUGCGAGAUCAGUUGACGGAAGCCGCGGUCGUCCCAAGCCGGGUGUACAUAGUUCGCCUGCGCUCCGCGCCUGCCACCGUCGCCUACGCGGGCGGUAUUCCCGGCUACCCUGCCACUGCCCCUACCGCUUCUUCUUCUGCAGUAGAUGGAGGGGCGGGACGAGCAGCAGCAGCAGGAGCAGCAGCGGCAGCAGGAACAGCAGCGGCAGCAGGAGCAGGAAACAAGCCGUUAACCUCCACGAAAUCAGCGGAAAUGGAUUGGCCACGUUGGAAGCAGCGCCCCGGUCCCCGUCCCCCUCGUCCCCCGCGUUUUCCCCCUCUUCCGCGCGCGCGCCUCAACACCCGUGCCUCACACGUGCGCGCAUUCGCCGCCAUGCUCUCGCGGCAGCAGCGCCAGGUAGCCCAGGACAUCCGCCUCCCCGCUCCCAACCUCCUCCACAGCUACACCUACACCAGCAACGCCUUCUCCGCCCUCCUCUCCCCUGAACAGCUCCAAACACUCAAAAGACACCCCAUGGUCGCGGAUAUUCGCCCCAGUGUGGUGAUCAAGCAGCUGACGACUGACUCGCCGCGGUUUCUGAAGCUGCCUGGGUCGCUGUGGAAGGCUGGUGGGGGACGGAAGAGGGCGGGCGCGGGCGUGGUGAUUGGGGUGGUGGACACGGGGAUCUGGCCCGAGCACCCCUCGUUCCAGAAAAAUCGCUCCUCCUCGCCGGCAGACCGCCCCCCCCACUGGUCGGGCACGUGUGCGCGCACGUCCGACUUCAAGGGGUGCUCGUCGAAGCUCAUCGGAGCGCGCUUCUUCCUGGCGGGCUUUGCGGCCUCGGGAUUCUCCAUCAGCCCCUCGGGGGACUACCUCUCCCCCCGCGACACCAACGGCCACGGCACCUGGUGUGCCGGCACAAGUAAUGCCCCUCUCUCUCCCCCAUCCCUCUCUCUCCCCCGUCCCUCUCUCUCCCCCAUCCCUCUCUCUCCCCCGUCCCUCUCUCUCCCCCAUCCCUCUCUCUCCCCCAUCCCUCUCUCUCCCCCAUCCUCUCUCUCCCCCGUCCCUCUCUCUCCCCCGUCCCUCUCUCUCCCCCGUCCCUCUCUCUCCCCCGUCCCUCUCUCUCCCCCAUCCCUCUCUCUCCCCCGUCCCUCUCUCUCUCCCAUCCCUCUCUCUCCCCCAUCCCUCUCUCUCCCCCAUCCCUCUCUCUCCCCCGUCCCUCUCUCUCCCCCAUCCCUCUCUCUCCCCCGUCCCUCUCUCUCCCCCGUCCCUCGCCCCCCGCCACCCAACAGUGCAGCAGCAGGCAGGCACGGGGUAAUAGUCCGCCCACCCCUGCGCACCUCCCCAGGAGCAGCCAGUGGCAUGGCGCCAGGGGCGCACCUCGCUGUGUACAAAGUCUUCUGGCAGGAGGCGCAGUCAGGCGCCCUCUUUGCCACCUCUGCCGACGUCGAGGCGGCCGUUGAUGCGGCCGUGGCGGACGGUGUGGAUGUGCUCAGCCUGUCGCUGGGCGCUCUGGAUCCCAGUGCGACCUACUUUACGGACCUCACGUUUCUCUAUGCCCACGCGUGUGUCUCUCUAUCGCCGGGCUGCGCUGGUGCUCGUGGCGCUUAUCGUUCUAUCACUAUCACUGCACAUGGCCCCUCUUUCGCACCUCUUAACCCUGUGACGGGCCUCUCUCCCUUCCCGCACACCUCUCUCUCGCCUUCUGCUCACAUGCAGGCGGGCACGGUGGUGGCAUUUGCAGCGGGCAACGAGGGCUUCCCGGGAAGCGGCUACGAGAUGUACCGAACGAUCAACAACUUCUCGCCCUUCUACAUCACUGUUGGCGCCAGCACCAUUAAAAGGAGAAAAAAUAAAGAGAUCGCCCGGUUCCGAUCCGCGGGGCUCAAGUUGGAGUCCCAGGACAAAUCACAGCAGACGGGGCUGGACUUUCUCGGUGUCUGCGAUGAUUCUGAUGAUGAUGGUGAUGUUGCCUGCAAUGGCAACCAAGCAGCUGAUAUCGUUCUCAGUAGCACUGCUGCCAUCAUUUCCACUUCUGCAAUUGCAGCAGCUGCAACAACUCCUGCGGUUGUCGGUGGUGGUGGUGGUGGUGGUGGUGGUGGUGGUGGUGGUGCUGCUGCUUCUGGUGCUGCUCCAGGUUCAGAUGUCCCUGCAGCUAACAGCAGCACCGCAAGCACGGAGCUGCUGGAAAAGACUGUGAGAAUACCGGAAGCACAGCCAAGGUCUACUCAGCCAGCCGCAAGGGCUGCUGCGUUUCACCCUGACAUAGCCAAGACUCUAGCAGCACAGUGUGUCCCAGGGUGGGUGGAUUGUGCUGCCGUGAAGGGCAAAGUGGUCGUGUGCAGCAGCGGUAGCAGCAGAAGCAGCAGCACCGCCAGCGGUAGCAGCAGCGGAACCAUUUCUGAGGCCCAACAGGUGGCAGCGCUGGCUGCCUGCCAGGCUAAGGCUGUGGUGCUGCUACCCAGCAGCACCGCACCUGCUGCUUCUACUGCAGGUGCUUUCGGCAGGCUUGGUGAGGGUGUUACCUCUGAUGCCAACGCUGCUGCUACUGCUGCUGGCGGAGAUGGUAUUGGUGGUGGCCGCGGUGGUGGUGGUGGUGGUGAUGGCGAUAGUGCCACUGCUGCUGCCGCUUUGGUUGAUUCCGGCACUAGCAGAAGCAUUUCCAUUAGUCCCAGCAGGCGAAGCAGGCCUGUGUUUGUUGACUCGUACUCGUUGCCGCUUCUGCGGCUGGACACCCGCUCUGCAGCGCUGCUCCACGCGUUCCUACGGGGAACCAGGACCAGAGCUACUGCCGCGCUCAUUGCUUCUAUUCACUCCAUCACCAAAAUGGCUCCUGCUGUCCCUUACUUCUCCUCCACGGGACCUCUAGCUCCUGCCGACGACGCACCCUCGCCGCCCUACCCCACCAACGACAUCUUAAAGCCCGACAUUCUCGCUCCCGGCGUCAAGCUCUGGUCCGCCGCUCCUGGAAAAAGAGGGUUGAUUUUCCGCCGCGCUGCCUUUGCGAAGAUGUCCGGGACGUCCAUGGCGACGCCACACAUCGCGGGGAUCGCCGCGCUGCUGAUCCAGCGGCAGCUCCUUGCUCUCUCUGACGCGCACCUGUUGCAGCAGUGUGAGGUGGACACGUACAGGGCGUCAGGCCCUGGGGGGCAGCACCGCAACAAGACAGAGUCUGCCGUCCGCAUCCGGCAUAAGCCGACAGGCUGUGUGGCUCAGUCCUGUGAGCAGCGAUCACAGCAUAUGAACAAGGCCACGGCCCUCGUUCGCCUUCGCCAGGCCAUUGCCCUCACAGUGCGCACGCCCAUCCAUCUGCCAUCCUACGAGCCCUCGCCGGGCCUCCUCCGCAUCUUGCCUCGCUCUGCCUCCCAGCCUUCGAAGCUGAAGCAACACCAAAAACAGCAGCAGCAGCAGCAGCCCUCCAAUGGCGACGCUGCCACUGCUGCCAGCCCAACCCUGUCGGAAGGAGUGCCUGUUGGCGGGGACAGCACUGCUGCCAGUAGCAGUGGUGGUGAUGCUGGCACUGGCAGUGGUGCUGGUGGGAGUGGGAGUGCGAGUGGGAGUGGGAGUGGGAGUGGGAGUGCGAUUGGGAGUGGGAGUGCGAGCAAGGCAGCAGCAGUGAGGAAGGUGAAGGAUCGCAUUGGGCCGAACCAUGCUGACUUCCACAAGGGCGCCAGUGAGCUUCUGGACGUGCUAUCAGCCCAUGCUGGGAAUGUCUCUGCUACGGCCACCACCCUCGGUAUCUCGACAGGCGCCCUGUCGAAGCUGCUGCUAUCUGACCGGGGCCUCUUGCAACGAGCCAAUGAGCUGAGAGCUGCCAAGGGCUUGAAGCCUCUCCGCGCACACAGAUUGUUGCAAUGGGUGGCCCUCUUACACAACCAGCCUGUCCCCCCUACCUGCUUCCUGCACCUUCCUCUUCUCCUUCUGCCUGCCUCCUCUUCCUCCCCCUCCUCUCUCCCUCCUCCGUCCUCCCGCCUCCGCCCCCCCUCCUGCCUUCCUACUCCUUCCCUUGUCCCUGCUAGCUCCAUACCUCCAGUCAACGGUUGA